CGAUAAAUGAAGUGUAACGGACGCUACAUCACAUACAAGUUUCUGUCUAACGGACGCCACGUGACGUUCGUCGUAAAGGAACAGUUUCUGGCAAUGUUCAACGUUAGCCUCGAAUCUAGAACAACCCAGUAGCAACCAUUCUUUCCACUCCUUUUUUGCACCCGAUGAAACUACCUUAGCAUCUACAUAUGGGACCCGGUGUGGGCCUUGCUUUCGGUCGUUGCUAUUUGAGAGCUACGUUUUGGGGUGCAUGACAAGAGGGGGUGUCGACAUUUUAACUGGUGCCGUUACCCCCUCUGUUUUCUCUCGAGCAAUCACGGCAGAUCUGCUUGCUGCGGCUGGUGGUCGCGUUCCGACCAUCCCCCAUGUCCAUGGCGGCUCGUGCUGCGUCCUCGCUUCUGCUACUGCUUCUCCUGCUGCCGUGCCUCCUCCAGCUCGCCUCGAUCUCGUGCCUCGCUUCCCCCACCGGUGGCCGCCGGGGACUCCUCGCGUACGUGCCCGCCAGGAAACGGGCGGGCAUCGGCGGCGGGAGGGGCGCCGACUGCCGCGCGAUGACGUCGAGGAAGGCGUGCCUCGGCCGGUCCGAGUGGUGCCGGUGGUGCCUAAGCGACGCCCUCGACGACAUGUGCUUCGGAUCCGCGGAGGCGUGGCGGCUCCCUCGCCAGAUCUUCUCUUGCGAGGCGCCCGAUGCGUGAACUCCCCCCACCGUUUUCCUUUUAGUUUUCCGUGCCCUCCUCACUUGAAUCAUUUCUGCUAUGUGCUUGUCGGAUUGCAGACUCUUACAGUUUCUGCGAGCAGUAUUCUCCUCUUAAUCCUAUGAUCGUUCUGCUACUCUAUUUGUCCUCGAUGAUUUUGGCUUGAUCCAUUGGAUAUAGAAUUAUGCUCUCUCUCUCUCUUUCAUUGCAGAUUCAUCGAAAAGUAUCUGUAAGAAGUUAUAGUUCUAUUCAUCUUUGUGUAGGAUGGAAGAUUGAAAUGGUCUAAUGUGCUUCAGAACAUGAGGAGGACGAACAAAAAAGUGUUUUCAUUUUAUCAUCAGUGGCCUCUUAAAUUCGAGGAAGAUGUUCUGUAGCUAAUUUUGCAGAUUGAUCUGAGGCAAUCUGGCGGUUCCUUGUUUGCCUUCCUCUGCAACUCCUUUCUGCCUCCUUUUCUUGGCCAUGGAGGAAAGAAGACUUUGAACAGGGGCACCGAGAAUGCCUUUCUUGUAGGAAGGAAUCCUCCUUCCUCUGUGCUCCUUAAAACCAUCUCGUCUCCUCCACUGAAUCUAUCAUACUUGUCACCAUCCAUAAUUCUCAUAGCUCGGUGAGGAGGAAGAUGGGUGUCGUAGUAGCCAUGGCCAGGCAUCUUGAUGCACUGAUCGGCCCUGUGGUGAUGCUGCUUUAUCCUCUAUACGCAUCGAUGCGGGCGAUCGAGAGCCCUUCGCCUGUUGAUGACCAGCAGUGGCUGACCUAUUGGGUGCUCUACUCGCUCAUCACCCUCUUCGAGCUCUCCUGCUGGACAAUGCUACAGUGGUUUCCUCUGUGGCCGUACAUGAAGCUGGUGUUCUGCUUCUGGUUGGUGCUUCCCAUCUUCAACGGAGCCGCCUACAUCUACGAGAACCACGUCCGGAGGUACGUCAACCUCGGCGGCACCGUCAGCUCCAGCUACUCGGAUCGGCAGCGGCGCGUGAUGCAGACGCUCAGCCUCGACGCCAGGAAAUCCGUCGAACGGUUCGUCGACGUUUAUGGACAGGAAGCCUUCGAGAGGGUCGUCAAGGCAGCGGAAAGAGAAGCGAGGGGUCAGCCAGCGAAAGUGAUGCCAAGAGCUUCUUCUGUCAGUGUGGAUGCGUAGUUGAAGUGAGAAGAGGAUGAAUAAACAUUCUAAAAGGACAGUGUGUGGCAAUGCAAGUCCCUCUCUUCAUCCA